AUAUUCAAUAUUACAAAUUCUAAAUAAAUAAAAAAUUUAAUUAUUUAAAUAAUAUGUAAGAUUAAGAUUGUCCAAACAAAAAAAGUUUCCCUAAAUCAUUUAUUUAUUUUUUUUUUUUUGCAUCAAGGUGGGCAAACCAGAUGCAAAAUCGCUUGCCACGUAGGCAUGAGACAGCCACAUUUCGCCACACGAUGCAGUCCUCGAACGGCAGUUAGCAGCACAAUCUGGCUUGGUUCUCCAACUAAGUCGGAGAAAAUCGCGCAGUAUGUUCAGCUUCGAUCAUCUGGGGAAAAAAUCAUCACAUCCAUUUUCACCAAAAUUUCAAAAACAUAAAAACUGUAGGGACAUCUGAAUGCAGAACAGCUAAAAACCGAAUGCCAGAAUCUCAGCCCCCGAAAGAUCGGUAUCGGCAACGUACAGCGCUGAAAACGCUACGGAAAAUAAGCGCAUCAGAGACUCUAAUUUAUUGCCUUCUUCUACAGGAAAAUUGUAAAUGAAAAUUUUUUUGAAGAUCCAAGAAGAGAUAGGCUCAGAGUUUAACGAUUUGAGAUUACAUCAACAAGCUCGCGUAGAGCUCUCAUAGUUUGAUGGUAUAAUAUCCGUCAUCAUAGCCGUAAAAUCAACUAUUUCUCCCACUUUUGAAUGGAAAGCGACAAAAGUAAAGAAGUUUCAGAGAUCAAAAGGAGAAAAAAUUUCCUUCAGCGUCGCCUCAGAAAAUAGAGGUUGGAGAACAGAUCAAGGAUUUUGCUUUCGCCGAUGGUACGGCCAAUUCUCGGUGAAAAUGCCAGAGAAUAACUCGUAAAAUUCAAACAUGACCAGAAUGGAAGAAGCGGCGGCGACGGUGACAGCGGCGGCAGCGGCGGCAGCGGCGGCAGCGGCGGUUGAGGAAGGAAGGAAAAGGGUUGCUAAAUGGGAGGAGGGAUGAUUGAUUAUAAAUAGCGGAGGGUGAC